AUGUCUUCCCUCGAGCCCAUCAAAGUCCACGCCCACGCCAGCGGGCCCAAUCCGUGGAAAGUCGCCAUUGUGCUGGAGGAACUCGGCGUCCCGUACUAUAUGCACAUGUACUCGGACAUGGCCGAUUUGAAGAAGGAGCCUUACACUCUGAUCAACCCGAACGGACGAGUGCCCGCGAUUGAAGAUCCGAAUACUGGAGUCACGUUGUGGGAGUCCGGCGCUAUCAUCCAGUAUCUUCUCGACAAGUACGACCCGGCCGGGAAACUUUCCUACAAGACCGAGCCGGAGAAGUUCUAUGUCAACCAGUGGUUGUUCUUCCAAGCAUCGGGCCAAGGUCCUUAUUUUGGACAACUCGCCUGGUUCACUCGAUUCCAUCAUGAAGACCUUCCGUCCGCCAAGGAGCGGUAUCACAAGGAGGCUGGGCGUGUAAUCAUGGUGCUUGAUUCGUGGCUGCAGAAGCACAAGUAUCUGGUCGGUGACAAGGUCACUGGUGCGGAUCUCUCUUUCCUGCCUUGGGCCGCCGGAAUCGACUUUCUCGCGGGAGACAAGAAGAUCGAAAAGGGUGAAGCGUACCAGGCUUGGUUUAAUGAAUUGAUGGCUCGACCUGCUGUCAAGAAGGUGUUCGCAGACAAGGCCAAAGCCAUGGCCACACAAAAGCACUAG